UCAACUUUCUCCUUCAUCACCUCAUCCAAACCAUGACUCCACCCUGGAGACUACGAAGAGCCUGCAAGAAACAUCGGCUGGCCGAUUUAGAAGUCACCAUCCCUAACCACUUCAGGUGUCCAAUCUCACUGGAACUAAUGAAGGACCCUGUCACAUUAUCCACCGGAAUCACCUAUGAUCGGGAAAACAUUGAAGCUUGGAUUGAAGCCGGAAAUUACACUUGCCCUGUAACAUCUCAACCCCUUAGAAGUGUCGAACAGAUCCCGAAUCACGCCAUAAGGAAGAUGAUACAAGACUGGUGCGUCGAGAAUCGAUCUUAUGGCAUCGAAAGGAUUCCAACUCCGCGAGUUCCUGUGACUGCAAUUGAAGUCAUGGAGAUACUUUCCAAUAUCAUGAAUGAAACAAGGCGUGAAGAUGAAUCCAAGUGUAAGGAUUUGGUGAUGAAGCUUAAGGUUAAGGGGAAGGAAAGUGAUCGGAACAAGAAGAGUAUCAGGGCUAAUGGCGCCGGCCGGACUUUGGCGGCGGUUUUCAAUGCUUUCUCCUCGGCUGCUUCACAGGAGAAAUACGUGGGGCUAUUGGAGGAAAUCUUAUCUACAUUGACGUUGAUGUUUCCUUUAGAUGCAGAAGCCGGGUCUUACUUAGCUUCAUCGGAUUCCUUACGUUGCAUGGUUUGGUUCUUGAGGUCUGGAGAUCUUUCUAUAAGGAGAAAUUCAGUUUUAGCCAUGAAAGAGCUUCUUUCUUUGGAUGAAGAACAUGUUAAUACCUUGGCAAGGAUUGAAGGAGGAAAAGAAGCACUAGUGAAGCUAAUCAAAGAACCCAUCUGUCCAACUUCCACUAAAGCUUCUUUGAUGGUCAUUUACUACAUGGUAUCAUCAUCAUCAUCAUUAUCACUCACUUCAAGUGAUAAUAUCAGAUCAGAAUUUGCAGAUAUGGGUUUGGUUUCUAUGUUACUUGAGAUCCUUGUAGACUCAGAGAAGAGCUUGUGUGAGAAGGCUUUGGGUGUUUUGGAUGGGAUUUGUUACAGUGAAGAAGGAAGACAGAAGGCCUAUAGUCAUGCCUUAACCAUACCAGUUAUUGUAAAGAAGAUUCUGAGAAUUUCAGAUAUGGCAACUGAGUUCUCUGUUUCCAUUAUUUGGAAGCUUUGCAAGAAUGAAAAGAGGGAUGACGGAGGUGUUCUUGUUGAGGCUCUGCAAGUGGGUGCUUUCCAAAAACUAUUGUUGCUCUUACAGGUUGGUUGUGGUGAGAGGACAAAGGAGAAGACAACUGAGUUGUUGAAAUUGUUGAAUCUUAACAGAGACAGGUGUGAGUGUAUUGAUUCAAUGGACUUAAAGGAGAUCAAAAGGCCAUUUUGAAUUCAAAGAAGCAUAGCUACAAGUUUGAAGCAGUAAGUCUCUGGGCUUGUAUUAUUCAAUGUACAAAAAUACUGUUAAGAACACCUUUUCACCAUUGGUGACAAUUUAUAUAUGGAAGAAACAUGGCCUUUUUGGUCUAUAUGGAGCCUUUGAACUUUUGAUGGUGUCUUAAUCUACUUUUGUUGUGGGAAUUAUAUGUUGUGUCUCUGUCUUACCAUCUGAACUUUGUUGAGAAGUUGCAGUAUCAAUAUUAAGGAGUACUGUUA